GGCAAAUCGCUGCAGUCUCGUAUUGGCAUGUAGGGAAAGCAUGGCGGACAAGAUGGUGGCACAAAAUAUAUUUGCUACACAAAGUGGAUUGCCUCCUAAAAAGCAAAACCAGGCAUUGCAAAAUUUUGCUGCUCCUCAUAUACAGUCAUUUAACUACAUGCUAGAAGAUGGCCUAUCAAUGGCUGUUAAGGAUAUUAUGCCACAAGAAUUCCUGCUUCCUGAUGGCAAAAGAAUGUCAUUGCAUCUUGUUGAUGCAUCAAUAGGAAUUCCUACAGUGCCUGAAGGUUGUUAUGCAAGAACAAUGAAAAUUUAUCCCUCUGAGUGUAGGGAAAGAGCAGUUUCCUAUGGUGCCAAGUUACAAGUAAGCUGCAACUAUACAAUAAAUGGUGGUGAAUCUUCUGGGUUUGUUAUGCAAACAAUAGCAGAUGUGCCAAUUAUGGUCAAAUCCAAAAACUGUUCAUUGCACAAUCUUUCUCCUGCUGAAUUAGUUCAAAAGCAUGAAGAGGCAGAGGAAUGGGGAGGUUAUUUCAUCAUUAAUGGAAUUGAAAAGAUCCUGCGUAUGCUGAUUUUGCAGAGAAGAAAUUAUCCAUUAGCGAUGAUAAGACCGUCAUGGAAAGGAAGGGGGCAACUUUUCACGGAAUUUGGUGUAUCAGUCCGAACAGUUAAGGAAGAUCAAAGUGGCACGACCAACGUAUUGCACUACUUGACCGACCAGUCAUGUAUCUUGUCAUUCCUGUAUAAGAAGCAACAGUUCUUUGUUCCUUUGAUCUUCAUUCUCAAGGCCUUGGUCAAUACAACAGACUACUUCAUUUAUAAGGAGCUCAUCAAAGGUUUUGAGAAAGAUGCUGGUUUUAAAGAUGCAGUCUCAAGUAUGCUGAGAGAGGCUCAAAACGAACAACUGACCAGCCAAAAUUCAGUAUUAAAGUAUAUAGGAGAAAAGUUCAGAGUGAAGGUUAAUUUGCCGCCAUGGUAUUCUGAUGAAGAGGUUGGCUCGUUUUUGAUAAGGAAUUGCGUGCUCAUACAUCUGAACGAUGGCAUGGACAAAUUCAAUUUUCUCGUGUUUAUGACACAGAAGUUGUAUGACUUGGUAAAUGACAGAUGUGCGCCCGAGUCUCCCGACAACCCAAUGAACCAAGAACUUCUGUUAGGUGGACACUUGUACCUGAUGGUGCUCAAGGAAAAAUUGGAAGUUUGGUUCAAUUCUGUGAGAUUAUUUAUUGAAAGGACAGCAAAGCAGAAAGGAGGACUUCUUCAGAUCAACAAUUCCUUUAUUGAAAGGGCUUUUGGCAAGGCGCAGAAUGUAGGAAAACAAAUGGAGUAUUUCCUGGCCACUGGAAACCUCUUAUCAAGAACAGGUCUUGGGCUUAUGCAGACCGCUGGAUUUGCUGUUGUUGCAGACAAGCUGAACUUUAUGAGAUACCUGUCCCAUUUCCGUUGCGUCCACCGUGGAGCAUUCUUCUCUCAGAUGAGAACAACAUCGGUCAGAAAACUGCUUCCUGAGGCUUGGGGAUUCUUCUGCCCCGUCCAUACACCUGAUGGAGCUCCUUGUGGUCUUCUAAACCAUUUGACAGCAUCUUGCGAGGUUGUUAACACUCCGAUUCCGAAGGCCCAUUUGAAAAAGCUGCUGAUAUCGUUAGGAAUGGUUCCAACCGGUAUGCCAUUCCCUGCAAAGCACUCUUCUUCAUACGUUGUGAUGCUGGAUGGAAAAGUUGUUGGAAGAGUCGUCAAAGACGAAGCGCAGGACUUCGUCGAUAAGUUAAGGUAUCUCAAAGCAACAGAGAAAGAAAAGGUAUCUAGAUGGCUCGAAGCAGUUCUCGUCCCGCGAACAAAGUUUGCCAGCCAGUAUCCCGGAAUCUUCAUAUUUACAAACAUAGCAAGAAUGAUGAGACCGGUAAAAAACCUCAGAACCGGAUCUGUGGAGUACAUUGGUUCAUUUGAGCAGGUAUACAUGGAUAUAGCUGUCUGCCCUAAUGAAGCACACGAGAAAACGACGCAUUUGGAGCUUAAAGCCACGAGCAUGCUUAGCGCCCUGGCAUCGAUGACACCCUUCUCUGAUUACAACCAAAGUCCAAGGAAUAUGUACCAGUGUCAGAUGGGUAAGCAGACGAUGGGUACUCCUUGUCAAGCAUUGAAAUAUCGCAGCGAUAACAAACUGUAUAGAAUCCAGACGCCGCAAAGUCCUUUAGUUAAGAAUGAAACUUACGAUGAAUAUGGCACUGACAAUUUUCCUUUGGGCAUCAAUGCUGUUGUUGCUGUGAUAUCUUAUACCGGCUACGACAUGGAAGAUGCCAUGAUUAUAAACAAAGCUUCGCUUGAACGAGGUUUUGCUUCUGGCAGCAUUUACAAAUGUGAAACAAUAAAUCUGGCUUCAGUAAGCGACGAAAGAGGAACUUGCUCACUCCGAUUCGGAUGCAAAGAGGAUGACCCAAAUGUUGAAGCAGGCUUUCUUGAUGUUGAUGGUUUGCCUCCAGUUGGCAGAUACGUGGAGCACGACCAGCCGUAUUACUGCUACUACGAUUUGAACACAGGCGCUUACAAGACGAAGAAGUUCAGCAACUUAGAGCCUGCAUAUGUAGAUGAUGUGAAGAUACUUGGAAAUGCAAGAGGAGAUGGAGAACUUAACAAAGUCGCAAUUAGACUGAGAAUCGAAAGAAAUCCAAUUAUUGGUGACAAGUUUUCAAGCAGACACGGGCAAAAAGGAAUUCUGAGCAUGAAAUGGCCAAUGGAAGAUAUGCCAUUUACAGAGUCUGGUAUGCAACCAGAUAUUCUCUUCAAUCCUCACGGCUUCCCUUCGCGUAUGACAAUAGGGAUGCUUAUAGAGUCGAUGGCUGGCAAAUCAGCAUCAUUGCAUGGGAUAACGCAUGAUUCAACUCCUUUCAAAUUCUCAGAAGAAAAGACUGCUAUCGAUUUCUUUGGAAAUCUACUCACGAAAGCUGGCUACAACUACUUUGGUAAUGAGAGACUGUACAGUGGCACAGAUGGCAGAGAGCUGGAAGCUGAUAUUUUUGUUGGCAUUGUUUAUUACCAGAGACUGCGUCAUAUGGUUGCAGAUAAAUUUCAGGUGCGCACAACAGGACCAAUCGAUCAGCUAACACACCAACCUGUCGGGGGUCGUAAGAGGCAAGGAGGAAUUCGUUUUGGUGAAAUGGAAAGAGAUGCUUUGAUAUCCCACGGAUCAGCAAUGCUUCUUCAUGAUCGUUUGAUGAAUUGUUCUGAUGAAACAACGGCGCAUAUUUGUACAAAGUGUGGCAGCCUGCUGUCCCCAAUCUUGGACAAGCCUCCCAAUGAAUUAGCUGCAGUCUCAUCUCAGGAAAAGAGAAGAUGGAGUUGCCUUCAGUGCAAAUCAACAAAUUCUAUUAAGGAGUUGACUAUUCCCUAUGUAUUUAGAUAUUUGGUCGCCGAACUUGCCACCAUGAAUAUCAAUGUAAUUGUAGAUGUACGAUAAAUUUUAUAAACUUUGGGUUUUAUGUCUUUCAUCAAUGAAAAUUGUUGGCCUAAAAUGUAAAAUCUUCGAUGAGUA